AUGUCUAUUCAGAGGAAGCUUUAUGGUAUUGAGAGAGAUCUCGGCGCAAUUGAGACCAAACUUAUAAAUCUACAAGAAGAGGCAAAAAAGCUGGCAGAUGAAAAUCCAGAUCGGUCCCAGGAUGUUUUUGAUGGAUUAAUUGAGAUCAACAAUGUCUGGCAAGAGCUGCACAAGGCACUGCAGAAUCAAGAGGACUCCCUGGGGGAGAGCAGUAAGCUUCAAAAGUUUUUGGUUGAUUUAUUUGACUUUGAGACAUGGCUGUACAGAGCCCAGCAGGCCACAGCUUCAGAAGACACACCAAGCUCCUUAACAGAAGCAGAAGCACUGUACAAUAAUCACCUUGCUCUUAAAGACGAUAUAGAACGCCACGAGUCUGAUUUCCGUGAAGUUGUAGACACAGGAAAAAAUGUAACCAGUGGACAAUCUGACCCUCAAUAUCAGCAACUUGCAGAGCGGGUUAAAGAUAUAGAAGUGGGAUGGGAUGCCCUCCAUAAGAUGUGGAGCAGCAGAGAACACUUUCUCUCACAGUGUCUAGCAUUUCAGUGGUUCUUGAAAGAUUCCAAACAGUCUGAAGCCAUUUUGAGCAAUCAGGAAUACACUCUUGCUUACACCGAAUUACCCAAUACAUUACAAGCUUCACAAAAUAGACUGAAGAAACAUGACGAUUUCUUAGCUACCAUGGAAAACAAUGAAGAGAAGAUUACUGGAACUAUUGAAAAUGCAAAAAGAUUAGACGGUGACAAAAACCUUUUUUCGGAUAAGGCUUUGGACAAAGCAGCCUCAGUUCAUAAAAGAUAUGCAGAGAAUGUGAAUAAAGCUAAAGAGGUGUCUGCUCUACUAAAGGACCAUGUCGAUCUUCAGGAUUUCCUGGAAAACUGUGAUGAGUUAACAAUCUGGAUCAAUGAAAAAAUGUUAACUGCUCAAGAUACAUCCUAUGAAGCAGCUCGUAAUUUGCACAGUAAGUGGCUGAAACACCAAGCUUUUGAAGCUGAAAUAGAGUCCAACAAAGACAGAUUGGAGAACAUUGACAAGAAAGGAAACACGUUGGCACAGGAGAAACCACAGUUUGCCCCAACAGUCUCUGAAAAACUCCAUGGGUUACAUGAGCAAUGGGAUGAGCUGGAGACAACUACCCUACAGAAAGAACAGACUCUAUUUGAUGCCCAUCGCUCUGAGCUGUAUGAGCAAAGGUUCGCAGAUAUUGCUAAGUGGAUUAAAGACAUGGAGCAGCAAGUAGAAUCUGAUGACUAUGGAAAAGACCUGACCAGUGUCAACAUCCUUCUCAGUGAACACAAGAGAAUAGAAGAUCAAAUAGAUCACAAAGCAAAAGAAAUGGAUGAGGUUGUACCAGAUGUACCUUCAACUGCUGGAGACAAAGAACUUGAUGAAAAGGAACAAAAUAUCAAAAUGCGUUUCCUACAGCUUCAAGAACCAAUGCAGGAAAGAAAAAGAAAGCUACACUCUUCGAAGCAAGUACACCAGCUACACCGGGAUUUGGCAGAUGAAAUUCUCUGGAUUCAGGAAAGAAUGCCACUUGCAGAAUCCAAAGAUUACGGAAACAAUCUUCAGAUGGUGCAAAUGCUUUUGAAGAAGAAUCAAACUUUGCAGAAAGAAAUUGCAGGUCAUAAACCAAGAGUAGAUUAUGUUAUCAAUAGGGCAGAGACUAUGGAAGGUGACCCAGAAAUCAACCCUCAGCCAAUCAAAAAGCUGCGUGAAUCGCUACAAGAUCAAUGGAAUUACUUGCAGACCGCGACAGUGAAUAGGGAGAAAUCCCUUAACCAAUCAAAUGAGGCUGAACAGUAUUAUGUGGAUGCCAAAGAAGCAGAGGCUUGGAUUGAUGAACAACAGCUUUACAUGAUUGGGGAUGAAAAAUCAAAGGAUGAGGAGGAUGAAGAAAGUGUGGUGUUAAUGUUGAAGAAGCACCUAAUUUUACAACAAGGCAUUGAACAGUAUGGAAAAAAUAUCAAGGAUUUGGCAGAGCAAUCUCAGAAACUGCUGGCCUUGGAUCAUCCUGAUGGUGAACAGAUAAUCCGACACCAGGACAAUCUAGAGAAGCAGUAUACAGCCCUGAGAGACAUGGCAGAUGAACGAAGGCGGAAUUUGGACAAUACCUAUCAUAUGUUUCAACUGAGGCGUGAAGUGGAGGACUUGGAACAAUGGAUCGCAGAGAGAGACAUCAAAGCCUCAUCCCAAGAAAUGGGACAAGAUUUAGACCAUGUGACGGAGCUCCGAGAUAAAUUUCGUGAUUUUGCCAAAGAGACAGGAAUAACUGGACAAGAGCGGAUUGACAAUGUGAAUAUCCUGAUUGAAGAACUGAUUGACGCUGGCCAUUCUGAGGCUGCGGCCAUUGCAGAAUGGAAGGACAACCUGAAUGAAAGCUGGGCAGACCUGCUGGAGCUGAUUGACACUCGUGUACAGCUGUUGUCAGCCUCUUAUGAUCUCCACAAGUUCUUCUAUGAUGGCACAGAGAUCCUGAGCCUGAUCGAGGAAAAGCACAAAGAGCUACCAGAGGAGUUGGGUGGUGAUGUACAUACAGCACAGUCUCUGCACAGAGUACAUACAGCCUUUGAGAGGGAUUUCCAUUUUAUUGGGUCACAGGUUCAGGCAUUCCAGGAGACUGCAGCACGUCUGUACUCUGCCUAUGCAGGAGAUCAGGCUACAGAUAUACAGAAGAAGGAGAAGGAGGUGACAGAAGCCUGGAAAUCUCUGCUGGAUGCCAGUGAUGGUAGGCGAACAGAGUUGGUUAGCGCAGCCGAGAAGUUCCGCUUCUUUAGCAUGGUUCGUGAUUUGUUGCUCUGGAUGGAAAACAUUAUUCGGCAAAUUGAAACCCAGGAAAAGCCAAGAGAUGUGUCAUCUGUGGAAUUACUGAUAAAAUAUCACCAGGAUCUGAGAGCUGAAAUAGAGGCCAGGAACACAAGUUAUUCCAGCUGUGUUGGCCUUGGAGAAAUAUUACUAGCUCGGAAUCACCCAGAUUCAGAAGAGAUAAAAGAAAAACUUGAACAACUAGCAGAAAGAAGAGCUGAAAUGCUGGAUAGGUGGGAAAAGCGCUGGGACUGGCUACGAGUAUUGUUGGAAGUUUGUCAGUUUGCAAGAGAUGCCUCCAUGGCAGAAGCCUGGCUAAUAGCAAAGGAACCUUACUUGUACACCACACACGUGGGAAAUAGUAUGGACGAUGUGGAAAAGUUAUUAAAAAAAACAUGAAGCCUUUGAGAAAUCCACAGUAACAUGGGAAGAGAGAUUUGCAGCCCUGGAAAGGCUUACCACGCUGGAAUUACUGGAGAUACGAAAAUAUCAAGAAGCUGCAAUGCAACAAAUGGCUCAUGCAGCUGAAGCUGAAACAAGAGAGGUUCAAGUGGAAAUACAUGCUGAACCAAAAGAUGAAAGAGAAUACUUAGAACCUCAUGCUAGACAAGUAGAUGAGCAGCCUAUGGAGGUAGCAGAAGCAGAAGGCGCUGAUGGCAUUGAUGCACCAGGCACACAGGGAGUCAUUCAAGAGACCCAUAUCAUGGAGGAGUGGAAGAUCACAACAGAGGAACACGAGACAGAUCCUAUGGAACAAGCUGAGCACAGUGCAUUGCAUCCCACAGUUAUUGUAACAGAAGAAAUUUCAACUCUACCAGCAAGUUUGCCUAGUUCUUCCACUAUCCAAAUUCAAGGAUAUUUAUUGAGAAAGCAUGAUCUAGAUGGAACACUCAAAAAGGCCCAGAACAGAACAUGGAGUAAUGUCUACUGCGUGUUGAAGAACAAUGAUGUCUUUUUCUACAAAGACGCUAAGAACUUUGCUAUGAAUGAGCCUCUACAAGGUGAAGAGGGACUAUUCCUAGGCAGCGCAUCCUGUGAGGCUGUAGCAGAUUAUAAGAAGAAAAAGCAUGUCUUUAGGCUCAGAUUAAGUGAUGGCAAUGAAUGGCUUUUCCAGGCAAAGGAUGAGGCUGAACGACAAGCUUGGGUUGACAACAUCAGAAUUUCCAUUGCGGAGACAUCCGAUCAAAAGCCAAAGUCUAAAAGCCUACCUCUCCCAUCCACUUCCACAGAGGGCAAACCAGAGAAGAAGGAAAAAAGAUUCAGCCUAUUCCCAUCAAAAAAAAGCACCUAA